UAAGAUAAGAUAGAACCACAUGAUAACCUAUAUACACAACUUCAAGAAGAGGAAGUUUCAUAACAUGGCUAGUAGUUAUGAUUACAAAGAUUAUAUUCAACUUUUCAUGAUAUGGUUAAUCUCCACAAUCAUAGUUAGAGUCAUACUCAACAGAAAACAGAACAAGUCUCAUAAGAAACCGCCAAGUCCACUGUCCCUUCCUAUAAUUGGACACCUUCAUCUUCUUGCUCCAAUUCCUCACCAAGCUCUUCACAAACUCUCAAUCCGCUAUGGACCUAUAAUGCACAUUAAACUUGGUUCUGUCCCUUGUGUAGUAGCUUCCACACCAGAAUCUGCAAAAGAAUUCCUCAAGACUCAUGAAUCUUCCUUCUCAAACCGGCCUCGAAAUCUCGCUGUUGAUUAUCUUACAUAUGGUUCUCAAGACUUCUCCUUUGCCCCAUAUGGACCUUACUGGAAGUUUAUGAAGAAGAUUUGCAUGUCUGAACUUCUCGGAGGCGACACGCUAAACCAGCUUUUACCAUUGAGGAGGCAAGAGACAGAGAGAUUCUUGAGGUCAUUGCUUAAGAGAGGGAUGGCUGGUGAGGCUGUUGAUGUUGGAGGAGAACUCUUGAAGCUUUCGAAUAACGUUAUCUCGAGGAUGAUCAUGAGCAAGACGCAUAUGGAAGAUGAUGGUGAGGCUGAGGAGGUGCGGAAGCUGGUGCAGGACACAGCAGAACUUACUGGGAAGUUUAAUGCUUCGGAUUUCAUUUGGUUCCUCAAGAACUGGGACUUGCAGGGUUUCAGAAAAAGGGUUGAGGAGAUUCGGAACAGGUUUGAUUCCAUGAUGGAGAGAGUGAUCAAGGAACAUCAAGAGGAAAGGAUGAAGAGGAAGAAAGAAGGAGAAGAUGGUGAAAUCAAAGACCUACUUGAUAUAUUAUUGGACAUACAUGAAGAUGAUAAUUCUGAGAUACGUUUGACUAGAGAGAACAUCAAGGCCUUCAUCUUGGACAUAUUUAUAGCAGGAACAGACACUUCAGCAUUAACUAUAGAAUGGAGUCUAGCUGAGUUGAUAAAUCACCCUCAAGUGAUGGAGAGAGCAAGGCAAGAGAUCAAAACCGUGGUUGGAAAUAAUAGGAUAGUAGAAGAAUCAGACAUUGUCAACCUUCCUUAUCUUCAAGCUAUAGUCAAAGAAACACUGAGAAUUCACCCAACAGGUCCAAUGACAGUUAGAGAAUCAUCUGAGGAUUGCACCAUAUGGGGCUACGAGAUUCCGGCAAAGACACAAUUGUUUGUUAAUAUUUGGGCUAUUGGAAGGGACCCAAAUUACUGGGAAAACCCACUGGAGUUCAAGCCAGAGAGGUUUCUUGUUGAAGAAGAAAGUGGGAAGAGGCAGUUAGAUGUUAGGGGGCAACACUUGCAGAUGAUUCCAUUUGGGAGUGGUAGAAGAGGAUGCCCUGGAACCUCACUAGCCUUACAAGUAGUGCAGGCCAACCUUGGUGCAAUGGUGCAGUGCUUUGAAUGGAAGGUUAGUGACGGUGGCAGUGAGAUUGUUGAUAUGGAAGAGAAACCAGGGUUGACUCUUUCCAGGGCUUGUCCCAUGAUUUGUGUCCCUCUGCCUAGGCUUAGUCCCUUUCCAUCCAUGUGAAAUAAUAUGGCGGCUACAAAUCUUGAAUUUCCAUGUCAGUGGCCGCUUAUCCAUAAAUACGCCUUCUUAUGAAUGUGAUGGGGCAUUAGCUAGGGGAGGUUGGAUCCAAAGUCAAUAAAUAAAUGGUUUGAAUUCGAAAGAUUGGUUACAUACAGAGGAAUUGGAUCUGAAAUUCACGGAUAAUAAAUAAAUAAAUAAAAAUAUAUUGGAUA